GGCGGGCUCUGCAAGCGACGCUGUCCGUCGGGGCGGACGGGUGGAGGGGCUGGGGCUCUGUGCGGAAGCGGAUCGAGGGGAGCAGAAGACCGAGGUCUCUAGAAUCCCGGGCGGCAGCAGCGUCGGUCUCUCUUCCUCCUCCUCAGGCCCGUGGAGCGCGCGAGGGAGAGCGAGAGAAAGAGAGCCAUGGAGUCCCACCGCUGGCUGCCUCUGGAGGCGAACCCCGAUGUCACAAACCAGGUGAGCAUCUUUUAUUUGUUUGUUGGUUUGUUUGUUAAGAUAAAGAUUUGCUUGUUUAAUUCUUGGGUUUUGCACCUCUUCUGUUCCCAUAACGUUUUGGCUGUGAUGUUACAUUCCUCCUUUAUUCUGUCUCUGAGUGCAUGGAUGUGUGUCUGACUGUGUAUUGUACACCCACCCACAGGCUCUCUCUCAUCCAUCAGCUGAGGAUAACACUUGGGCAUCUGAUGGAGUAAGCUCUGGUCCAUGAAAGCUUAUGCUGCAAUAAAUCUGUUGCUCUUUCAGGGUGCUGCAAUACAUGUUUGCAUUUGUUGCAAGAAAUUGACUCGCUGCCUUCCCUGUUUUAAGGCCAGGGAGUUUCCCAUUCUCCUUCAAGGCCCUGCACAGUCACGAAAAAUUAUACCCUGGCUGCCUCCUUGCAGCCUACUCGUUUCGUUAGGGAAAGCAUCUCCUUGUGGAGAAUUUAAGUUUGGGAGAAAAUAAACUCAUGAAAAAUGUGUUUUAUAAUAAUAAUAAUAAUAAUAUAAUAAUUUAUUAUUUGUACCCCGCCCAUCUGGCGGAGUCUCCCCAGCCACUCUGGGCGACUCCCAAUCGAGUGUUAAAACAAUACAGCAUUAAAUAUUAGAAACUUCCCUAAAGUUGAUGGUUUUAUAAACAGUGUUUGAUAACAGUGUUCAUCCCUGUUUAUCGCAUGGUCUCAAAGUUUCUAAGUAUAAGUAUCCGUAUCUUUAGUCUUGUUAAUGUUAAUUUGCAAUGCUUAGCAACUUGAUUAUCAAACAUCACUGUUUGUUUCUAUUAACACAUUGUUUCUAUAACACUUGUUUGGCUCACCAUAGCUUCAUAUCUUUUGCAUCUUAACAUGUCUUAAGCAUUAAUGGAAUGGGGUAUCAUCAUCCUCUGCGUAUGUCAGCCACCCAAGACAGUUGACUAUGCAGCUUCUGUAUUUUGCUAGACCUAUCAUUGUUCUUGCUCUGUCCUGUAUAACUGGUCCUAGGUGACACCACAGGAAGAAAAUGCACUUCCUGCAUGCAUAGGACAGUAUCAGUUUUCUAGGAAAGGGUAACAUUUAAAAGUGAUGGAGUUGAUGUGGAAGGGUGACUUCCUUUUGAAUAUGUGUAUAAAAUAUGAGGAGAGACUUUUAAAAGAACAAACAUAUGUAAGUUACUAGUUAACCCGUUGUUUAGAGGAUAGAUAAAGGUGGCGCUGUGGGUUAAACCACUGAGCCUAGGGCUUGCUGAUCAGAAGGUUGGCGGUUCGAAUCCCUGUGACGGGGUGAGCUCCUGUUGCUCGGUCCCAGCUCCUGCCAACCUAGCAGUUCGAAAGCACACCAGUGCAAGUAGAUAAAUAGGUACCGCUCAGGCGGGAAGGUAAACGGCAUUUUCGUGUGCUGCUCUGGUUCGCCAGAAGUGGCUUUGUCAUGCUGGCCACAUGACCUGGAAGCUAUACGCCAGCUCCCUCGGCCAAUAAUGCGAGAUGAGCGCGCAACCCCAGAGUCGGUCACGAUUGGAUCUAAUGGUCAGGGGUCCCUUUACCUUUAUCUAAAGGGACCAUCAAGGCACUUUCUUGUACAAGAUUCAGAAUAAAGAAUCUUAAUUUAUGUUGCAUCUGAGCUGGAUAUGUGCAAGGAAGAGCUUUGUGGUGUUUGUGAAGAAUGGUAAUCUGGUCUUUCGAAUGUGACGCGUUAGGCUUUUGCAGGUGUUGCUCAAUAGCAUCCCUGAGAAGAUGAGACAGGUUAAUUGCUUAUUGCUUGGGUGGUAACGAAAUCUUCCACAGUAGAUGAGUUUUCUGGCAUGCUCAAAAACUAGUGCAUCAGCACAUACAGUUCAUGAAGGAAUUUCCCUUUAGGGACAAUAAGUACUAGUACAGUAACUCUUGCUUAAGCCAUCCCUGUAAAUUCAGUAAAUGCAGUUCUUCCCUUUACCUCCUCACAAUCCCUUUUUUUCUGGAGAAGGAUUAUUCAGCAUUGUAAUUACACAGUCGCCUGACCUCUUAUGGCAAGCAAGCAAUGCCUCCAAGUAGUGCAUAUUUUCUCCUGCUUGGCAUACUCUGGAGCAGGGUGGAUUUGAUUUAAAUCAAACUGAUUUAAAUCACUAGUCAGUAAGACUUGAUUUAAAUCAUAGUUUUCUACAUAAAGACUAAUUCUUGCUGGUAUAACUUUAAUAUGCAAGUAGAUGAAGCUUUUUAGAAUAACAACUUUUCAUAUUAGUUUUUUUUUAUCCCCAGUUUAUUAGGUUAAUCAUUCAUAUUUGGACAACUUUACUGUUGUACUUAGGAAGGAGAAAAAUAAUCAUUACCUUAAUAAUAAUUUAAAUAGAUUUCUUCAACUGAAACAAUAACAUUACAGCAUAUGUUAUUUGCUUAAACAAACAUCCAUGUUUGUUAACUAAUUUGGCUAAACAAAAACAAAAUAUAAAUAUUUUAAGAAACUUAGACUCUCAGCCCAGCCUACACAUGAAAAACCUAAAUACUGUACUGUCCACUCCAAACAAUCAGAAAAAUAUUGUUUCUAUUCUAUUCACUGAACUUCUUGAAGCUUAGCAUUGAAGGGGUUGAUUCUGUAUUCAUAGGUUUAAGGUCUUUUUCUCAACUCUGUUCAUGUUAUAACAUUUUUGCUGUGAAGAACAGGGAUGUGAUCUCUGCUGAGUCAAAUUCAGUUUUGAGAACUGCAAAAGUAAACCAAGCAUCUGUGAUAAUAUCUUGUAGGCAGAGAAACUGCCCAAUAAUCUUACAAAAACCUCUGGAAGAGCAUGACAUUGUGAAUGGAUUAAUGGAAUUUAUUUACCAAAAAAAUUAAACAUAUACAACCUUAUUCUACAUAAUUAAAAAAAACUAAUCUUUAUUUCAUGAUGGAAUAACCUUUGGAUGGUAAUAUAUUUUCCUCAAAAAGCAUUUUAUUUUUAAAAAAUCCGAUUUGAAUAAAAAAAAACCCGAUUUCAUUAAUUUUUUUAAAAUCAUUGAUUUUUAUCCACCCUGCUCUGGAGGGAGGUACAGCAAUAUAUUAUGGCAGCUGCUGUUUCUUCUCUCCAUGUCCACAGUGCCAAGAUUCAGGCAGGCAGGAGUGUCAAGCGACACUUGCCCUGUCACUGCGUUUCAUUUUGCCACCUUUAAACUUUGUGGUGGAAGUCCGAGUCGAGUGAGUGUGAGAUGAACUGAUUCCAUAGCACGGUGCUGGGUUUCCCCAGCUGGGAAAAGUCAGUGCUGGGUUUUGGCAGAGUACAUGGAAGACUGAAAGAAGAUAAACUUGCGGAGUAAGUGGCACAGAGAUCCCGCCCUGAGAAGCCUGCAUUGUAAAUGCAUUAUCUGCUAGAUAAAUGCUGUUUGCGUGGGAUCGGAUUGAGUUCAACGGUUUCAUUUAUGUAGCACCCAAGUUGAAGAUCUACUGAAUUCCAGUGGCCCGGCUUGUACCAUCGGUAACUAGAUUUUGACAACCAAGUAUACGUCUUCUAUAUCUGUGUUCAUACACAGGUGCUGUUUAAUUUCAAGCUCUGAAUAAUCAGUGGUUUAUGCAGAGAAGUGCACGGCUUCAGAUUUUUGCAACGCUAUUUGAGGCCUUUUCCUGGGUGUCAAUUUAUGAUUAGUGAAGCAUUUGAGUAUUACAUGCUGCAGGUCCCCUAGUGUGCUUCGUGGCAGUAAAAACACUGUGGGUCUGUCUCCAUACCUGAGCCUCUUCCAUCAAUUAUUCUAUGCAGUUUAUCUCCUCGGUUCUACUUAAGUUAUAAGUAGGGAUCAGAGAAGCAAGUGGUGGCUGUGACCAAGUGCAGUUAACACAUUUAAAAAUCUGGGUACAGGUCAGGAUAAGGAUUAAGGGGCUAAGCCAGAGGCUAUAUGGAAAAUGUGAGGUCACUUAUGUGAACAAUUGUACAUCUGUACAUCUGUAUUGAUUAGUGUAAGAAAACCUGCAGAUGAGUCUCUGAAAAUAAAAUUGGUUAUCCUCAACUGUGUUACUUUCUGAUUUCUGGAGAGAGCAGUGGGAAAUGAAAUUAGGAAUAUAGCAUAGUUUGAAGGUUGCUUCUUUGCGAUGGUGGGUGGGCGGCACCCAAAGGCUGUGGAACCCUUGAAUUUCUUACUUUCAGCAGACGAUUGUUGUGCCACAUCACACACUGCUUAUAUAAAAGUCCUCCGAGUUUGAAAAGUUACUUAAAAUGCAGGGAUGGGUGGGUCUAGGAAUCACAGUUUGAAAAUCACAAGCCACAGGCAGCCUUAAAUUUGCAAAACUGAUUGCAUUGCCCCCUAGAUCUCAGCUACACUUAAGUUCCAGAAGCAAAACCAUUUUUUCUUGAGCUUUUAAGAAUUCGGUUUCUUAAUAAUAUAUUAAGACAGAUCGUGAAGCUGAGGCUCCAAUACUUUGGUCACCUCAUGAGAAGAGAAGACUCCCUGGAAAAGACCCUGAUGUUGGGAAAGAUGGAGGGCACUAGGAGAAGGGGACGACAGAGGACGAGAUGGUUGGACAGUGUUCUUGAAGCUACGAACAUGAGUCUGACCAAACCGGGAGGCAGUGGGAGACAGGAGUGCCUGGCGUGCUCUGGUCCAUGGGGUCACGAAGAGUCGGACACGACUAAACGACUGAACAACAACAACAAUAAUAUAUAACUUAACCUUGCUGUUUUAUUACCACCAUCCUCUGUCAGUUGUGCUGUCUAUGUUGAACCAUACUAAAAGACGCAAAAAAUAACCUUUUUUUUUGGAAUGAAUCUUCUUUAUACUACAGUACAGUGUGAAGGAUAUACUUCUUGAUAAAUGCUUAACGUGUAUCUCUUUUUUACUAGUUUCUCAAACAGCUAGGGAUACAUCCCAGCUGGCAAUUUGUAGAUGUGUACGGCAUGGAACCAGAACUCCUUAGCAUGGUGCCAAGACCUGUUUGUGCUAUCCUUCUCCUCUUUCCAGUAACAGAAAAGUAUGAAACAUUCCGAACGGAAGAGGAAGCAAAAAUAAAAGCUCAGGGGCAAGAAGUAAAACCAUCAGUGUAUUUCAUGAAGCAAACAAUCAGCAACGCCUGUGGAACUAUUGGGCUUAUUCAUGCUAUUGCAAACAACAGGGAUAAAAUUAACUUUGAAACUGACUCCUCACUAAAGAAGUUCCUAGAUGACUCUAUGCCCAUGAGUCCUGAAGAGAGGGCCAAAUAUCUAGAAACUUACGAAGCUAUCCGUGUCACUCAUGAAUCCAGUGCCCAUGAAGGUCAGACUGAGUCACCACCAUCAUCCUCACCACAGCCUGAGUUUAGCCACUGCAAAAUGAAGGCUUCACCCUUGCGUCGCUCUGCUUCCUUGACACUGAUCAGAUGCAAUCAUGUAGCCACAAGCCCUGUAAAGGCUACCAGUCCACCUGUCUCCCUCCAGCGCUGGCGGCCCACAAUACCCCUAUCAUCUAUUGGGCUCCAUUCUUUUGCACCCAGUAUAGAUGAAAAAGUAGAUCUUCAUUUCAUCGCAUUAGUAAACAUUGAUGGCAAUCUCUACGAGUUGGAUGGACGGAAGCCUUUCCCAAUAAACCAUGGGCAAUCUAGUGAUGACACUUUUUUAGAGGAUGCAGUAGAAGUAUGCAAGAAAUUCAUGGAACGUGAUCCAGAUGAAUUAAGGUUCAAUGCAAUUGCUCUAGCAGCUGCCUAAAUUAUUCUUGCACAAGGACAGAAACUGCCUAACGUAUUGUAACAGAAUAAUGCUUUUGCCAUAAAUCAGUGAUACAAUUUUUGAUACCAUGCAAAUAACAUGUUGAUGUGGAUUAAACUUCAAAUUUGUCCUUUA